AUGGCGCUAUUAUGGAAUUGUUAUUUGUGUGGGGUUGGUGUGUGGCUGGCGUGUUGGGGUGUGGGAUCGGUGUGUGGCUGGCGUGUUGGGGUGUGGGAUCGGUGUGUGGCUGGCGUGUUGGGGUGUGGGAUCGGUGUGUGGCUGGCGUGUUGGGGUGUGGGAUCGGUGUGUGGCUGGCGUGUUGGGGUGUGGGAUCGGUGUGUGGCUGGCGUGUUGGGGUGUGGGAUCGGUGUGUGGCUGGCGUGUUGGGGUGUGGGAUCGGUGUGUGGCUGGCGUGUUGGGGUGUGGGAUCGGUGUGUGACUGGCGUGUGGCUGGUUUGUGACUGGAGUGGGGCUUAUAUGCGGCCUAUGUGUGGCUGGCGUUUAGUUGUAGCGUGA